UCCUCUUCCUCUUCCUCUUCAUCAUCACCCACCCACCCUUUCCUCCUCCUUCUCCUCCUCCUCCUACUCCUCCUCCUGCUGCUGCUGCUGCUUUGAGCUAACAUCCUCUGUCGUCUGCAUGCUGCGGUGCUCUCGGCCGUGGGGGAACAGUAAAAGAUGGCGGCCGUGAGGCUGACGGAGGACUAACGGCGCCAUCCGAGACGGCAGGAGGGCUGCAGGCUCUCGGGGCUCAGCUCAGCAAGAGACAGCAGAACCUGCACACCACCGCCUGGACCCAUGUCUGCCCCCGCUCCGGCCGCUAGGAGGACUGGGUCGGGCUCUCGCCGAUUCAACCCUCUGAAGGCGCUGCAGCCCAAACGUCGCUUGCAGCAAAUACUGGCCGCCUCCUCCUCCUCGCCCUCUUCCUCGCCCGUCCCGGUCCCCUCCGGGUCUGGGGCGGCUGCCACAGCGCCGGUGGCCAUUCCGGUGCCGGCGCGCCCCGCCUUUGACUACUGCAGGUUCAUAGAACUAGACUACGUCCCCAUGGAGGCGGGCUACAUGGUCUCCAUGCGCCCCACUAAAGGCUAUGCACCCACGCCCAAAGGACACGCCUCCACCAAGUCUCCAGACCGCCAAAGCCGUCUGACAAACUCCCCCUCCACCCCUCGCUCCCGGCGGUCCCCUGCGGCACCCACUAACAGAGAUCCUUACAGCAACGCCUCCCUCAGUAGCAGCAGCAACUCAGGCUCUUGUAAAGGCAGCGACUGCAGCCCAACCAAAGGACGUCACCAGAAGUACACGUCAUGCACCGACAACCACGGGAUCCGGCCCCCUCCACCGGAGCAGUACCUGACACCCUUGCAGCAGAAGGAAGUGUGUAUUCGGCACCUCAGGGCCAGGUUAAAAGAAACUAUCACCACACUGCAAAACAGGGACACAGAGAUCGAUGAGUUGAGAGAAAAGCUUUACAGGAUGCAGGAGGACUGGGUUGAAGAGGAGUGCCACCGUGUGGAGGCUCAACUGGCCCUUAAGGAGGCGCGUCUGGAGAUCCAGCAGCUCAAAAACGCCGUGGACACGGUCCGCACCAGGCUCAGCGAUGCCGGGGGGAUCAGCGGGGACAUGGGCGUCCAGAAGUACUUCCAGGACAUCAACACUCAAAACCACAAGCUUGAGAACCUGCUGCUCAGCAUGGAAUUAGCUCAGGCCGGACUAGCCAAGGAGGGUGAAGCCAUAGCAGGACGCCGGAACCGGGUUGGGGGUUCUGCGCCAGCAUCUGUAUCUGGGGAAAGUCCAGGAGUAAUACCAAAACCAGCAAUAGGAGGGAGGGGUUCUUGCUCUUGUGAUGGAUCCCCAGCCCGCUCUAUCACACGGAGCUCCACCUACACCAAACUGAGUGAUCAAGCGGGAGAUCGCAACGGUGCAGAUUUUCCUUGUCUUUCAGCAGACGGCACUCAGGACAGUGGCUUUGUGUGCUGCGGGGAAGGUGGUAACGUCCCGAGUCGGGCUGACUUGCUGCUAGAGGCUGCUUUCCUCUCAGAGGAAACCGCUUCCUUGCUCAACUCCUACGCACAAACCUUCUCUUGCUCCAUACCCAACUCUUUGCCUCACACUUAUGCCCAAACUUUACCUCAUUCCUUCCCUCACAACCACUCUGUGCCCCACAACAUGCCGCACUCGGCCACCUACGAGAAGCUGUGCUCGGGCGACCGUCUGUCGCCAUUCCGUUGCGGUCUGGGCGGAGGCGGCUGUAUGAGCCACCCCUGCCUGUCUCACCAUCACCUGUACCUGCAUCCUCUACGCGAGACGGGCAUUCAGACCGAGAGCUGUCCCAUCCCCGCGACAUCAGGGUGCCCAUCUGACCUGGAUACCAUCGCGGAACAACGUACGUUCCGCUCUCAAGCCUGCAGCCCGACUUCCACCUGGUUGUCCGAUGAAGGAGAGGAAGAGCUGGACUCCAUCACAACCACUACUUCUAUAACCACAGCGACCGUCAUGAGUGCGGCCACAGAGCCCAUUCCGUGCUCCAAAUUGCCUCGGGUCAAUUCCAUGCCGCGAUCUGCCACUGUCGCCUGUUCCAUGGAGAGUCCAGUCUGUGAGGACGAUCGGAAGGAAGAUCCAGAGGAAGAAUCUGCUUCAGCGGAUAACCAGGGUCCAACAGUUGCCCAACCCACAGGGGGACAGCUGGACACAGAGGCAGAGAGUUUGGUAGAAAAUCAGAAAGAAUUGAAGGAGAGAAAUGAAGGCCUAUGGAUUGGAGAGGACAGACAACUUGAAACACUCCAGUCGCAAACACCAGGACUGAGCCCAUGUAGUAGCCCAGAAUCACCACAAGUCUUGGAACCUCACACCUCCCAGCCUAAAAAAUCAAUUUCCCACGAGGAGGGAGCCGGUGUACUUGUCCUGAAGGAUGACCAGGAAAUAGGAGCUGAAGAGCAAGGAUGCGAAGAUGGCGGUGAAGCAUCGACAGAGGAGGCGGACUCUGAUUCUGCCUCCGGGCCGGUACAGAAGAGCUACUGGAGUCGUCACUUCCUGGUGGACCUCCUAGCAGUGGCAAUCCCUGUAGUGCCAACGGUGGCAUGGUUGUGCCGUGGUCCGGUCCGAGACGGGCAGCCUAUGUACCACAUUGGGUCGCUGCUGAGGGGCUGCUGCACCGUGGCCCUGCACUCGCUACGCAGGGGCGGCGGAUUGAGGCAUUACCCUGCAGGCGGGGGAGACCUCGGCGGAUCCCAGAUGUGAAACCUCAUUACCACGUUUGGCCACCACAGGUUUUAAUUAGGAAGACGCCAAAGUCUUCAGUGAAGAGAGUGUCAGGUGAGUAAAAAUACAGGAUUCAGUGACUGGGUUGUCCCACCCACUGGUGCAAGGCUACAGAUUGAAUGUGCAGAUUUAAAAAAAAAUGCAGGGAAAACUGUCAAGGUUUGUUGCUUACUCACUCACGACUGACUCAGAUUAGCACUUUGCUGGAUGUGUACGCAAAAUAGUCUGUAUUGUGUCUUCAAGGAUGUCUCUUAGGUGAGAUACUCCAUCACCUGAAAUCAAUCUACAUGUAAAACUCAUCUUCCUCUUAUCCUAAAGACACAGGUCCAGAUUCACUAUCAGGAAGAGUCAAGUUCCUGUGCCACCAAAACACUGCAAGACCUUGAUGAGGCUAGAACAAAACACAACCAAAAACCCAAUAAACCCAACUUGUACCACUAAUGUGGACUUAUUCAAGAACUAAAUAGGGUCCUACCAAGUUACUGAGCCUCUAGAUUGUCAAAUGUCCAGUCUUAUUUCUUACAAAACAUUUGCUCUUGGCAGAUAACACAAAGAACCAACACGUCCACCUUCACGCUCCAACGAUUUUCUUGUAGAUAUGCAAUAAGCUAGCUAGAAGAUACUCACUGGCUCAGCUGGUCUUCUUGAAUGAGGCAAGCGCUCUCUGUGCUGAAUAGUUCUACGAAAAGCUCCCAUUUUCUUGUCACUGUCAAUUGUCACUCUGGACUACACAUAGAUCGGCACUGAAAUCAUUCCAACGGAACCUCAUCCGAUAACAAGCUCCUUCUGCGAGGCAUCGCACUCAAUUACGGUGGACCCUCGGACGUCCCACAUCACCAGAACUUUGAAAUAGUCUACGCAUGUUUUAAGUAGCACUUAUCAUAAUACUACCCAAAUAAUUUUUCCAGAGUGAAGUUGUGUCUUCUCAAAAGGAAAGGAGAGGGUUUUUUUGCAAAAAAUUACAUUACAAGAACUAAGUCAUGAUAUAAGUCGGACACUUACAAGAACAGUUGUAAUAAUACUAUUUUUUAAAAGUUUAAAAGUUACAGGAACAAAGUUGUAAUAUUACAAGAAAAAAGUUAUAAUAAAAGUCUCAUUUUGGGGGGAAAUAGUCUGACAUUUAUGAGAAUGAAGUUGUAAUUUUAGAACGCGGAUGAUUCCAUCACUGUGGCUGAGGUAUCUGGGGUAGUCAAAAAACUCCUGAGCGGCAAAGCCCUGGGGCUGGACGAGUUUCACCCUGAAUUCCUGGAGGCUCUGGAUGUUGAGGGUCUUGGUCGACACGUCUCUUCAACAUUGUGUGGAAGUAAGGAACAGUACCUCUGGAUUGGCAGACCAGGGUGGUGGUCCCCCUUUUUAAGAAGGGUGACUGGAGGGUGUGUUUCAACUACAGGUAUAGGGGGAUCACACUCCCCAGCCUCCCUGGAAAAGGCUAUUCCAGGGGGCUGUAGAGAAGUGCACGACCAUUUGUCGAACCUCGGCUACAUGAGGUGCAAUGUGGUUUUCGCCCCGGUCGUGGAACACUGGACCAGCUCUACACCCUUGUAAGGGUACUGGAGGGUACAUGGGAAUUUGCCCAACCGGUCUACAUGUGCUUUGUGGACUUGGAAAAAGCAUUGGACCAUGUACCAUGCUCCAGGAGUACGGGAUUGGUGGCACGCUACUAUUUGCCAUUCGGUCCUUGUACAACCGGAGCAGGAGCCUGGUUCGUAUUGCCAGCAGUAAGUCAAGCCUGUUCCCGGUGAACAUUGGCCUCCUCCAAGGCUGCCCUUUGUCACCGAUUGUGUUCAUAAUUUUUAUGGACAGAAUUUCAAUGCGCAGCCAAGGCAUCCAGGGGGUCCAGUUUGAGGGCCUUAGGAUCUCGUCUCUGCUACUCGCAGACGAUGUGGUCCUGAUGGCCUCAUCAGGCUGUGACCUUCUGGGGCGGUUUGCAGCUGGGUGUGAAGCUUCUGAGAUGAGACUUUGCACCUCCAAAUCUGAGGCCAUGGUUCUCAGUCGGAAAAGGGUGGAUUGCCCCAGGUGGAGGAGUUCAAAUAUGUGGGGGUCUUGUUUAUUAGUGAAGGAAGGUUGGAGCGUGAGCGUGAACGGGGGAAACAGCACAACUUCGCUUUGCGGGACAGUCGUGUUGAAGAGAGAGAUGAGUCGGAAGGCAAAGAUCUGAAUUUACCGGUUGAUCCAUGUUGCCACCCUCACCUAUGGUCAUGAGCUUUGGGUCAUGACUGAAAGAAUGAGGGCAUGGAUACAAGCGUCCGAAAAGAGUUUUCUCCGUGGUUGGAGAUAGGGUGAGGAGCCGGUGCUCCUUCGCAUCCAGAGGAGCCAGUUGAGGUGGCUCAGGCAUCUAGUCCGGAUUCCUCCAAGAUGCCUCCCUGGUGAGGUGUUCCGGGCAUGCCCAGCCGGGAGAAGGCCCCAGGGCAGACCUAGGACACACUGGAGGUAUUAUGUCUCACCAAGGUGGCCUUGGAACACCUUGGUUCGCUGGAGACCGGGAAGUCUGGACUUCCCUACUGAGACUGCUGCCCCCGUAACCCGAACCCAGAUAAGCGGAAGAAAAUGGAAUGGAAAGUCGUAAUUUGACUCAAAUGGCAAUCAAAUCAGUUCCGAGGGUCCACCGUGGCAAAAAAAAAUGGUGAGGUUUUGGUUGUGAUGACAAUUUAGUUGUGAAUGUUUAUUUGGUGACUUUUUGUGUAAAUAUGUACAAAAACAAAGUCAAAAGCCAAAUGUUUGUCAUCCCGACACGAGCAGACGCAGAAGAAAACAUCAUUUUAAGACGGAAGAAGCCACACAAGUUCAUUUUUCUUUCCCUUUCUGUUGCUGUUUUUGCACUAUUGUUCACUUUAUGAAUUGUAAGCAAUUACUUGAAUUAGUGGCAGUCAGUGUACAGUAAGUAAGCGUACUCCAUCCUCUUCAAGCAGACGUCAUCCAAAGCCUCAUUCGUCUUUCACCACAUGGACACAAGUAUUGGGACACUCUGGGAGAAAAAAAAACACGUUGCAAUAUUACAAGAAAGACGUAAUAUACGAAAUACGUAAUAUUCCAUAAUAUUAUGGAAAUAAAUUUGUUUGGUUUUUUCAAGGAGACUCUUUUUACAAGAAGGUGAUACAAUUGUGAUAUUAAUGUCUUAAAAUUCUGAGAAUAAAUUUGUAAGUAAAUUAAAAUGUGAAGCAUUUUUGGAGACUGUUUUAACAUAACAUUAAAAAAAAUUAAUAUUACAAAAAAAUAAUUAUGAUGAAUAUUAUGGAAAUAAAGGAGUGGUUGGUUUCAAGAAAAAAAGAGACUAGUAUUACAAGAAGAGGAGAAAACCCACACACGCACGGGGAGAACAUGCAACGGAGGUUCAAACCCAGAUCUUCCUGAUCUCCUGACCGUGUGGCCAACAUGCUACCCACUAGGCCACCGUGCGGCCCCAUUCAAGAUAAAAGGAGACUAAUAUUACAAUUAUUUUUUUUUUAAGUCUUAAAAUGAUGAGAAUAAAUUGGGGGAAGGGUUCAAGAUAAAAGGAGACUAAUAUUAAAAUUAUUAAAAAAAAAAAUAAAGUCUUAAAAUGAUGAGAAUAAAUUGGGAACGUUACAAGAAAAAAUCAGCAUUACUAAAAAAUAAAGUUUUGUUUUUUUUUCACAAAAUUGGUUCUGAAAAUAAGACAUUAAAUCAAAUUACAAAAAUACAUUCAGGACAUUAAAAUAUAAAUAUAAAAUAUUUCUGAAGACUGAUUAAAAUUUCGAAAUAUGACGUAAUAUAAAAAAAAAAUACUAAAGUUGGUUUUGCGAAGAAAAGCGUUUUAAAACAUGAAGAAUCAAUGCUGUGAUAAAACGAAGGGGAAGGGUUGUAAUAUGAAAAGAACGACAUUACGUUACAGAAAAUGUGAUUAUUGCAAGAAAAUGAGGUUGAAAUUUUUUUGCGGAAAAUUGAGUACAAUAAAAGUUGUAAUGUUCAUGUAAUUACGAUUGUUGAACUUUUUUUUCUUGUGAUAUUACAACUUUAUUGUCACGUGAGUUAAAGAUUUUGGCUGCUGAUAUUGCAACUUUAUUGUGAUGAAAUGUUUUUUUCUUGUGAUCUUGUGACUUUAAUAAGAAAAAAAAAAACCCCACAGCCAUCAUAUUUUCAGCGUGGAUGUUAUUGCCAGGUGUCCCAAUACUAUUGCACAUACGAUAGUGUCACACGGUACGAGACGUCAGGGACAAUCAUAAUCUCCUAAUCUCAUUUGCUUUGCUUUGUGCAAACAAUGAAUGACUUGUUGUCUUUUCCUUCAGGAUGUUUGUGUGUGCACUAAAGGCCCCUCAUAUCGAGUAUAUCCUAUGUAGACCAAGAGUCAACGUAUAAAACAAAGAUAUAGAGAUAGUUCUGAUUACAUUUAUGGUGUCUCUGUGAUGGCCACGCUCUAUGUAGUCCUUCCGACAUGAAAUGAUGCUACUGUAUAGUAUAAUAUAUUGUAAACUACUUGAAAUGCAAUACUGUACUCGUGUACGCAUUCAAAGCUCUCAUUAAAAUCUCACACACAAGAGUGCUAAUGAUUGACCUUUAUUUCUUUGACAAUACAACCAUCUUGAUUACAUUCAUAUAGAAAUGACUUUUUAUGGAGGAACGCAUGCAUGCAGACAUCACAUGUGGGAUGGGAGCCCCUUUCCCGCCGCUCGGAGAAAACUCGUAUCUCUGUGGCAAGUCACAAUUAUCAGACACAAAAAAAGUCCUACUUUGGGAAUAAAAAGUCACAAUUAGGAGAUAGGAUCUUUAUGACAUCAAAAUUCAGAAUUCUGAGAUAAAAGGGCGAAAUUGUGCGAUUAAAAAGGCAAAAUUAUGACAUAAAAGGUCACAACUACUGUAUGAGAUAAAAACUCUAAAUUAUGAAAUAAAAAGUCACAUUUAUGCGAUAAAAAGUCAAAAUUAUAAAACAAAAGUCAUAUUGAGGAAAUAAAAAGGCAUGAUUGUGAGCUAAAAAAAUCAGAAUUAUGACAUCAAAAAUCGAAAUUACGAGAUUAAAAAAUGAAAUAAUGAGAUAGAAGGUCACAAUUAUGAGAUAAAAGGUUGAAAUUAUGCACUUGGCACAUGCGCAGUUUGUAUCUCACAAUUUGGACUUUUUCAUUUCAUAAUUACAAUUUAUGUUGUACUUUUGCGUUUUUAUCUCAUAAUUUCAAUUUUUUUAAUCUCAUAAUUAUAACUAUUUAGCUAAUAAUUAUGACUUUCUAUCAUAAUUAUUACCUUUUAGCUCAUAACCUGGACUUUUAAUCACAUAAUUAUGACUUUUUAUCUCAUAAUUUGGACUUAAUCUCAUAACUAUGACUAUUUAUCUCAUAAUUAUUAUUUAUUAGCUCAUAAUUUGGAUUUUUUUAAUCUCUAAAUUAUGACUUUAUCUCAUAAUCUGGACUUUGAAUCUCAUAAUUAUGACUUUUUAUCUCAUAAUUUGGAUUUUUAAUCCCAUAAUUCUGACUUUUUAUCUCAUAAUGUGGACUUUUUGUGUCAUAACUGGCAUUUUAUGUGGUAAUGAAGACUUGGCAUUGGGAUAUUUUUUUUUUCUAUCAGUGGCGGCAACGUGCUUCCCUGAUCAGCAGCCAGUGGGUACAUUGUUACAAAAAAGAAAAAGCUGCUGUCGCUGUGCUCUUCAUUGAGGAAGCAAAAGGCCAGCGCGGGGUCGCGGGGGGUUGAUAUGAUGUUGAAUUGGAGCAGCUUUGAGAAGAUAGCUGCAUUUAGACAGGAGGCACCACACGUACAAUUAUUUCAAGGACAGGUAAAGGUGAUGGAAAGUGCACUUAGUCAUAGUCUCCUAAUAAAUACUACAACUAAAACUAGCCUGUACCCCUCCAGCCCUAAACAGCCAAUCUAAUUCAUUCAUUAUUAUACUCACACGUAAUCACAGCAUUUUUUAAACUAUUAUUUAUGUAGUUCACCUUUUUCAUUUCUUGUACAUAAAAAAAGAGUGGCACCGAAAAGUCAUUUUUUCCAAUGCCAAGAAAUCAAUAGGAAUGAAAUGGAAUUGAUCAUAUGAUCAAUAAAAUCAUAUUCCAAGAAUAAAGGUUAAAAAUAAUAACAACGAUGUUCUAAUAUCAGAAAAAAAUUCACAUUUUGGAAAAAUAGUGUGGACUUUUUUGGACACUGCAACACUGAAGUGGUAAUACUAGAAAAAAACAAAUAAAAUGAGUUAUCGGUCCUAUUUUUUCCAGGCUUUCAUAGCUUUCAUUAUUGGAAAUAAGUUGGAUUUUUUUUGUGGGUGGAGAAAAACAUGGUAGAAUUUCAAGAGUAAAGAAAAAAAAGGUGGAAUACCACAAAAAUAAAUCUUAAAAAAAAAAAACUAACAUUAUUGAAUUUAUUGGAAAUAUUAGAAAGAAAAAGUACUAUUUAGCAUGAUAAAAUAUUACUUCAUGAAAGAAUGAUUUGACAUUUGAAUGGAAGACUUUUCAUUUCAUCUUGAUGUCAUUUUGGCCCAAAUAAUAAUAAAAAAAUCAUCUUCAGCAGGGAAGCAAUAAACACGCACUACCUUUCUAGCGUUCCUAAAUGCCAACAGUUCAUCUCACACAAAUCACUCGUGAAAAAUGCACGAUAAAAAGUCCAAUUUGUGACCGAAGUCGAAAUUAUGAGAUAAAAAGUUGAAAUGAUAAAAUACAGAGUCAGAAUUAUGAGAUAGGAAAGCCAUAAUUAUGUCUAAAUUAUUAAAUAAAAAGUCAAAAUUAUGAAAUAAAGGUCCAAAUUAUGAGAUAAAAAGUCCAAAUUAUAAGAUCAAAAGUCCAAAUUAUGAGAUAAAAGGUCCAAAAUAUGACUUAAAAAAAAUCCAAAUUAUGAGAUAAAGGUCCAAAUUAUAAAAAAAAUGUCCAAAUUAUGGCAUAAAUAAUCCAAAUUAUGAGAUAAAAGUCGAAAUUGUGAGAGAAAUGGUCCAAAUUAUGGGAUUAAAAAAUCCAUAUAUAGAGAUUAGUCGAAAUUGUGAGCUAAAAGGUCCAAAAGUCCAAAUUAUAAAAUAAAAA